UUGUUGUUUUGCUGGCUUUUGAAGACACAGUUUUCUUCAGAUCCAAAGAAACAGGUAAGAAAUCUCAUUAAAAUAAUCAAAACCCACAAAAGAAGGAAGAAGAAGAAGAACUAAUGCCACUACAAAGUCUACAAUUACUACUCCUACCACUACCAAAUAAGUCUUGAUAACCAGAGUGUUGUAUUGUAAUUGUAUUUAUAUAUUUAUGAAUUUCUUUGCUUAAAGGGCCCUUUAUUAGGCGUGCGUGUGCUUUUUUGGCCUCUUGAAUGAUCCAAAAAGUUGCUGUUCCUGUUCUUUUCAUCUCUGAGUUGGUGUUUGUUAAUGGCCUUUUUAUCUUCUUCCCUGUCGGCCAUCGUUUUUUCUUUUUCUUUUUGAUUGAAUCUUUGAAAACCCACAAAGAAGAUUCACUGGUAGCUUCCUUUUCUCUUCUUUUCUAUUCUUGUUCUGUUUUGGCGGAUUCUCUGUGAAUGUUUUGGGAUCCCUCUUAAAGGAUUAAUUCUUCGUGUGAGACUGUGGGUUUGGGAUUUAAAGCUGUUGAAGAGGUAAAAGCUGAUAUUGGUUUUGGUGAAUGAAGAGAUUGAAACAAUUGAAUUGCGAGGAUGAAUAAAUGUUGAGAUUCUGUGGAAUUACAGAGUCUGCUAUGGAGAUUUUGGAUUCUGAAGGUUCCUAAUUUACUUCUCUGAACAGCAGAUACUAAAGGACGAAGAGAGAAAAGACGAGACUUUUUGUCAAUAAAAAUGAUUACUUUCAUGGAUUCUAAAGAGAAAGUGAAGGAUGUGGACAAGCGCUUGGAUUCUCAGAUAUGGCACGCCUGCGCCGGCGGCAUGGUCCAAAUGCCGGCGGUGAACGCCAAGGUCUUCUACUUCCCUCAAGGCCACGCAGAGCACUCCUCUGGCUCCGUCGAUUUCAAGGCCUGCCCCCGAGUCCCUCCUUACAUUCUCUGUAUAGUCUCCGCCGUCAAAUUCAUGGCGGAUCCAGAUACCGAUGAGGUUUAUGCCAAGAUUAGGUUGAUACCCAUUAAUGGCAACGAACCCAAUUUUGGUGAUGAAGGCAUCGAAAGGGUUAAUGGGUCUGAAGGACCAGAUAAGCUGGCUUCAUUUGCAAAAACAUUGACUCAAUCUGAUGCAAAUAAUGGUGGGGGAUUCUCUGUUCCGCGGUACUGUGCGGAGACGAUAUUUCCCCGGCUGGACUACUCGGCGGAUCCUCCGGUUCAGACCAUUCUGGCUAAGGACGUUCAUGGAGAGACCUGGAAGUUUAGGCAUAUUUACAGAGGGACUCCUAGGAGGCAUUUGUUGACUACAGGGUGGAGUACUUUUGUGAACCAGAAGAAACUUGUAGCGGGUGAUUCAAUUGUGUUUUUGAGAGCUGAAAAUGGUGAUCUUUGUAUUGGAAUUAGAAGGGCUAAGAGGGGUAUUGGCGGGGGACCUGAAUUGGGUUCGUUUGGGUGGAAUGGGAAUGGUGUUGUGCCUUAUGGAGGGUUCUCGGCGUUCUUGAGGGAAGAUGAGAAUAAGAUGAUGAGAAAUAGGAAUGGUUCGAGCUCGAAUUUGGGAAUGGGAUGGAAAGGGAAAGUGAGACCUGAAUCAGUAAUUGAGGCUGCAACACUUGCAUCCAGUGGACAGCCUUUUGAGGUGGUUUAUUAUCCGCGAGCAAGUACACCGGAGUUUUGUGUGAAAGCAGCGCUGGUGAAAGCAGCAUUGCAGAUCAGAUGGUGUUCGGAGAUGAGGUUUAAGAUGGCUUUUGAGACCGAGGAUUCUUCGAGAAUUAGUUGGUUCAUGGGAACUAUAUCUUCUGUUCAAGUAGCCGAUCCCCUUCGCUGGCCAGAUUCGCCUUGGAGGCUUCUCCAGGUUACAUGGGACGAGCCAGAUUUGCUUCAAAAUGUGAAGCGCGUGAGCCCUUGGCUGGUGGAAUUGGUAUCGAACAUGCCUGCCAUCCAUCUCUCUCCCUUUUCACCGCCAAGAAAGAAAUUGAGAGUGCCACAACAUCCGGAUUUCUCACUCAACAGCCAACUCCGUUUCCCAACAUUUACCGGAAACCUCCUUGGGCCCAGCAACCCCUUUGGUUGUCUACCGGACAACUCUCCUGCUGGCAUGCAGGGAGCCAGGCAUGCUCAUUAUGGUUUAUCUUUAUCAGAUAUCCACCUCAAUAAACUACACUCGGGUCUAUUUCAGGCCGGUUUCCUGCCAUUUGACCUCACUGGUACAACACUGCCUAGAGCAUCCACUAGCCCCAUCCUUCAAAAGCCAAUCAUGAGCGAGGAUGUGUCUUGCUUGCUAAGCAUGUCAAAUUCCGUUCAGACUUCAAAGAAAUCUGACGGGACAAAGACACCCCAACUCGUACUUUUUGGCCAACCAAUACUUACUGAGCAACAAAUCUCCAACAGUUGCUCCGGAAAUAGUUCCCCUGAAGGGAAUUUAGAUAAGAUGGCAAAUGUAUCAGAUUGUUCUGGGUCUGCUCUUCAGCAGCGAAGCCUGCCAGAGCGAUCUACGUAUGAAGGAUUACAUUGGUUUAAGGAAAGGUGUCAAGAAUCUGAGUCCAAUCUAGACAUUGGUCACUGUAAAGUUUUCAUGGAUUCAGAUGACGUCGGCCGUCCUCUUGAUCUUUCUUUGCUCUGCUCUUACGAAGAAUUAUACAGAAAGCUCGCAGACAUGUUCAGGAUAGAGAAUUCCGAGACACUCGGCAGUGUCCUUUACCGUGACGUUGCAGGUGCAGUCAAGCAAAUUGGAGAUGAACCGUUCAGUGACUUCAUGAAAUCCGCCAAAAGGUUGACGAUCCUAAUUGAUUCCAGCAGCGACAAUGUAGGAACUUAGAGAGAGAUAAUAAACGCUUGGUUUCGGAUGUACAGCGUAGCUUGAUCAUUUUCCUGUGUUCAUUAUUUCUUCUUUGAUCCUGUGGAAGGAAGGAAGGAACUCCUCUGUUCCAAAUUUUGGAUUCUCAUUAAUCUAUAUAUAUUUUUUUUUAGUUUUGGUAA